GCUCGGCUCCCUUGACUUUUCAGUCGAACCAACAGUAUUUCUCCCCUCACCUCCGGUCACUUGGGAGGGAUUUAUUUGUACGCAUCAUAUCGCAUUCAUUCUGAGAGCUACCAUAGCACAGCGUCCUCCACUCCUCCUCACCAUUCGUCCUCCUCCGUUCCCAAUUUAGAAGCGCCGCGCUACCACUCUCAGCUCUCAUCUGUCCUGUGUAGAAUCGUACACUUGCACUGCAGCAAGAUCAGUAUAAUAUAUACUUGGAUCGAUGGAGAAGACCAGGUCGCCGUCGUGGUUGUUCCAUGUCCAAUCGGCGGCGGCGGCGGCCGCGUCGGUGGACCUGUCGCUGGCGUUGGCGUCGGAGGAAAGCAGCCAAGGUCGGGAACAAGCGGCGCCGACGGCUUGCGUGGAUGGCAAGGAGGUGCGGCUGUUCCCGUGUCUCUUCUGCAACAAGACGUUCCUCAAAUCGCAGGCGCUGGGCGGCCACCAGAACGCGCAUCGCAAGGAUCGCGUCGGCGGCUUCAGCAACCCCUACGAAGACGACGGCCCCUACGCCCACGGCUCCUUCGGCGGCGCCGGUGUCGAUUCCGGCAGCGGUCGGUCCAUGUACGCAUCCAUCGCAUCUCACGGCGGUGGCAGCAUGGCGGAGCCAUCCCGCGCCGAUGCUAGUCCCGAGAGGUGGGGCGCCGGCGCUCCACGCUUCGCGGACCACGCGCAAGCACCGAUGGAUCCCUCCGUGGGCUGCGACGCCGCCGUGGACGUGCCCGGCAUGACCAGAAGGGCCUCCGCUGCCAACGCGAGUGAGAAGAUGGACCUGGAGCUCCGCCUCUAGGAACACCUGCAGGCAGCGUCUAGCUACCAAUACCAGUCGUCUUCUUGCGCAGGUGUCGGUCCAUGCCUCCAAUGGAUGCUACGAUGAUGCGCAUAUCUCAGCUGUGCCGAUGGGCUUGCAUUUGCAAUCGAUCAAUUUGCCCGUAGAUCAAGCUGUCCCCAAAUUUCUGUGCAUGUGUUAUUUUUGUUGUGGUGAUCUUGUUUGUUAUUAACUGUCAAUACGAACAGAACUGGGUGAGAUACAUAUGUAUGGCAUGUGAUAUUCAUCUCCUGGUAAGACCUAUUAUCAAACCGCUUGUUCCCUGAUUC